AUGCCGUCGGAGCCCGCCGCGCUGGUCGUCUUCGCGCGCCUGCCCAUCCCGGGUAAGGCCAAGACGCGACUCGCGAAAGACGUGGGCGACGCCAACGCGGCGGAGUUCUACGCGCGCAUGGCCGAGCGCAUCUUCACGGUCACGUCCCGCUGCGAGAGGACAUCGUCGCGCACCGUGUUCUUCUCGGAGCGCGCCGAGGAGGACGGCAUCCGUCGAUGGCUCCAGGGCAAGCGCGGCACCGCAUCGGACCCGCGCGCGUCCUCGUGGACGGACAUCCGGCUCGAACCCCAAGCCGCCGGCGGCGACCUCGGCGAGCGAAUGCGACGCGCGCUCGACCACGCGCUGCGGCACGGGGGAUCCGACGGGGGACCGUGCGCCAAGGCGGUGGUGAUCGGCACCGACAUACCCUCGCUGGACGCCUCGCACGUGGACCGCGCGGUGGAGCUACUGGACGCCCACGACGUCGUGUUCGGUCCCGCGGUGGACGGCGGUUACUACCUGCUCGGGGUGCGAGAUCGCGGCUACGUGGGCGACAAAAAAGUGGGCGACAGCGAAGGGUCCGAACGGGGCGGCGUCGACCGGGGCGAAGGGUCCGACCGGGGCGAAGGGUCCGACCGGGGCGUCGCGGGGCAAGGCGGGGCGCACCCGGCGAUAUUCACCGACAUACCGUGGAGCACCGGCACCGUCCUGAGGGACUCCUUGAGGGCGUGCGACGCGGCGGGCAUCUCGGCGGCUGCGGUUGGCGCCAUGGAGACCCUGCGCGACGUCGACACGGCUGACGACGUGAACGCGUGGAUCGAGUCCAGGUUCGAAGCUUACGCGGACACCGGCGUGUACGUCCCGAACGAGCUCGCGGACGUCGGGUGGGACCUGCUGAAGUACUCCGGGUACGGGAGUAGGUCGCCAAAGGAGGACGAGACGAGAUUGCCCGCGGGGAUGAAAGAUUACGAAUCGGAUUGA